AUGACGACUCCCAAACAAACAAUCGCACUCAUAUCUGGUGCCAAUACAGGCAUCGGGCUUGCCGUAGCGACCCAGCUGGCCAAAGACCACGGAUACCACGUCAUCAUCGGAUCGCGAAACGAAGCAGCGGGAACCGAAGCCGCCGCUGCCUUGAAAGCGGCAGGGUUCGCAGCAUCCUCAGUCCAGCUGGAUCUCAGCUCAGACGAGUCGAUUGCAGCAGCCGUGAGCAAGAUCGAGCACGAGUUUGGAGUACUAGACGUGCUGAUAAACAACGCGGGCAUCCUGAUCGACUACGUCCCCGGCGUCACCGAAGCUUACAAGAAUCUGUCGACACGAGAGCUAUUCACCCAGACUCUCAGCACCAAUGUCGUUGGAACGGCCUGUUUGACCGAGGCGUGCUUGCCGCUGCUUCGCAAAUCCGACUUUGCGCGCCUUGUCUUUGUCUCAUCGCGGAUGGGAUCCCUUCUAGAGUCGACAAAUAAGGAGACGCCAUACUACGCCAUAGACUACAAGUCAUACGAUGCCAGCAAGGCGGCCGUCAACAUGUUGGCGCUCAACUACGCCCGGAUCCUCGAUGGUACCGGUGCCCUGGUGAAUGCGGCAUGUCCUGGAUUGGUCCAGACGAAGCUCACUGGCUUCAACGCGUGGGGUUCGCCAGUAGAGGCGGGCGCACAGAGGAUUGUUGAAUUGGCCACUGCUGAGAAGGGAGGUCCAACUGCGACGUUUUCGGACAAGGACGGAAUCGUCCCUUGGUAG